UCAUAAAAGGUCUGCUUUGACAAUUGCCCAUUUUUCUGAUAACUUAAUCUUCUUUAUAGGACCAGGGGCUUCUAAACAUGGUGAGGACGAUUGACAGCGAGCAAGUAUAACAGUACUAUUACAAAUAAUAAUGAUUAUGAGUAUGAGUAUUGCGGUAAGCCAUCGCAGAGUGUGGAGUGUGGAGGUAAUUAGAAUUGGUUUUCAUCGUUCUCAAACAUUUUUCAAUAGCUAGCUAAUGGAAAAAUGGUAGAAGCCGGAAAAAAAACAAGGGAAGUUUGAAAAUUCAGAUUUUUCCCAAGGCUUUCGGCUCAAUAUUCAAGCUUUCCUUUUUAGUUAAAUGUGGUGGUUCACGUUCACGCUUUAAAAAUACCGGUACCGAAAUCAUGUUUUUGGGUAUUUAAAGAAAGGAGAGGUAUUUAAAUGGACACUGGUUAAUCGUCUGCCAGAAAUAAAAGUUAAUGGGGUAGCACUGAACGCUGUGAUUUUUUAAUUAGAUAUUAGACUUCAGAGAACGAGACCUUUAUGAAUGCAUAGACAUUAUAGGGAUCCUUCUCCACUGACAAAAUGGUCGUCAAAUUCCAAGCAGUUUAUUGUCAAAAAUCAGUAUUCGGUGUUACCCUAUGUUUGGUGGUGUCCCAGUGUCCCAUUAUAACAUUAAAAGAUUGCUGGAACCCAGGGCAAUAGACUCUGGAAAUCUUUGUAAAAGGUCUUUUUCCUUUUGAAAAAUUGUUUUUAUAAUUUUAGGUUUUGUUAUAUUAUGUUGUAAUGGUUGCAAUAUAAUAUAAUAUAUCCCUUAUAGGUUUGAAUAAGAGCAGUAAUGAAUACGCACAUUUCUUAGAAGAGAUCAAUUUUCUUUCAAGUCUAAUUUUUCUACUCUAGAAUUUUUCCCUCAUGGUGUAGAUGUAGAACUUUGGUUCCUAAACAAAAGUUGCACCUUACAUGUCUUAUAGCAAUGUUACCUAAACCAAUUGAUUAUCAUAAAUCUCGUUUGUGCAGACUUUUUGACCGAAUUUAACCAUACUCCCUCUAGCAACUUUAUAACUCUGUUUUUUUUAGGAGAUUUCUUAGUGAAAUUGAAAAAAAUCUGUCAAAGAAAACAAUCUAGUAUUUCAAAUUUUCCAGAAUUGAUUUAAAAUACUCAGAUAUUAAACUGCAGUGUCCCAAAUCACAAUCCCUGAGAAACACAGGACUCUGUGACAAAGCGUUAAAUGACAAGAUUUGAUAACUUAAGAAGGUUUGGAAUCUGAACCGGAAGCUCGGGAAAAACGAGGAUUAGGAUUAGCGUCUCAUAAUUACUCUGGAGGCUCUAGAGCCAAAAUUGACUAAUUUUGUUCAUAAAGAGCUCCAUGUUCCUACCUUACUUAUACCAGAACAGUUAAUCUAUUGUGCCUUUUUAAAACACGCAUUAGUGUGGAUACCUUUCAAAAUUAGUAAAAAUCUCAACAAUAUAAUAAAAAAAGGAGCAUAAAAAAUGCAUUAACCCUUGUCCUUUGCAUUGUCGCUUGUGAGCAUCCAAAUAUGUUAUUUGUGUCUUUGAGUCACUUAAUAUUUGGGGUUUUUCUAUUUAUUGAUAAACAAGUAAACUUGGCCUGCAAAAAUAAGUUUAAAUUUACCUAAAGCAUAAAUAUUUGUCGCAUUAAAAAAUUAAAGAGAAAAUUGCAUUAAUUUUUCGCAUUAAUGCUAUAAAUCAAUUUAUAUCAAAUUUUGCGGGCCAAGUUUACCUUUUUAUCAACAAAUAGAUCAAAUUUUGAAUAUAAAAUGAUUCAAACAAACAAAUUACACAUUUGGACUCUCACCAGCGACAAUUAAUGUGAAUCACAUUAAGAUUUUAAUGUGAAAGUGUGAUAACACACUAAGGACGAGGGGGUCGAAAAUCGGGGGUCAGGAAAAUCACUUUUUCUGACUUUUUAGAGCAGGGCCAUGACAUUUCCUAUGUUUCCCAUAUGUUUCUAUUGUGCCGAAAAAACUUUUGAGUUUAUUGGCAGUUUUCGGGCAUUGUAGAGUGAAUUAGAAAAUAAUACAAAUACAAAAUAAAAGGCAAUUUAAUAUAGAAUAGGCAACCGAAAACCCUAAAUUGGCAACCUACGUAAUUUUGGAGAUAUCUUGUAAAAUUUGUACGAAAUCAGGAAAAAAGUUUACACUAAAACUGGUCUCAUUUUUCAGAGCUAAUGUCACCCCCGUGUUUUAGAGCAAUACACAACUUUAGAGGACUGCAGGAAAAUUUUCCUUUUUGGGUCACUGAUGAUCCAAUCGUCCUUAAAGGGUUAAGAUGUUCCGUUUCUAAAUCGUUUUUAUAGGACUUAAUGUUAAUCCUAUUAAAUUGCGUUACGAAGUGACAUAUGCCCCAUAUGCCACUGUAUUAUCCAAAGUGCGAUAUGGACACCACACACACCCUGAGUGAAAAUGGUAGAGAAAGAUGGAAAAAUCAUUUUCCACUUACACUAGAAAUUUCUCUCUCUCUCUCUCUUUCCCUCUACCUCAUACACACUUUCUCUCUUUUAAUGGAAAAUUUCUCUCAUAAGUCUCUUUGGCUCUAUCUCUCAACUUCUUCUGCACAGAAAUACCUCUGAAAGCCAGUCAUCGGAUCGUUGCUGGCGUGUUCUGAUGCUCUGAAAUCUCUUUAGUGAAUAUAUUGCCACACGCCAGAAUAAAAGGAAUCAUUCACAGUGAAUCACAGACACCUUAUCUGGACAAAAUUUUCACACUAAAAAAAGUCCCUCCGUGUGUAAAAAUUUGUGUUUUCAAGUUAUAAUUUAUAUAUUAAAAAAAAGUUCUGUGUAGUUCUACGAUAAAUUUGUUGAAAAGAAAAUUAUUAGAAUGAGGUGCAGAGAAAAAUUGUUUUAGGAUUUUUCCACAAUUUUCUCCCAUUAUCCUUAAAGGAAUAAACACGCACAAGAUAGAGAUCCAUAAAAAAGGGGUGGAAUUGAACUUUGUACAGAAGAAAAUUACAAAGUUUUUUUUCUGGGUGUGGAGAAGUAAAAAAAAAACGGAAAAUUAAAGGGAGGUAGACGCUGGAGCAAAAGACAAAAAGACAUAUUUUCACAUCACUAUUGCCCGGAAACAAGUAGACAAAAAGUGAGUUUCAGGGUACAAAAGAUAUGUAUAGUUUUCCACCAGAGAGAACAACCCAGCAUGAACAACACAUAUUAAUUUGUCAGAGCAAGGAAGUGUCAAAAGAUCAGUACAAUGUCAGACACUGAGGAAGAUUCUACCAGUUCUGACAGUUGGCCAGUAAAUGAGGAUUGGCUGAUUGACAUAAUCAAGGAACACCAUAGAACAGCGUCCAACAUCAAAAUAACCGACUUUUCUGUGAAGCCCGGAUCACACGAUGGUGUUAGCAAUUUGAGUGACAUACUGGCGGUAUCGGUGGAUUAUGACAUUGAAAAUGAGACAGUAGAUGGGGCCCGUUUGGAAAUAAUCAUCAAAUUACUGCCUCAUGAUCCAUUCAGUCGAUACUUUGUGACAGAAGCACAAUUUGAUUUGCGUGAAAUUAAGUUCUACACCAAAAUUUUGCCUGAUUUGCUGGAAUUCCAGAAGAAUAAUUUGGCAUCUGGUGAAACACCAUUGAGAAUAUCCGUACCAAAGUGUCUCCAUACCCAUUAUGUGGCUGGAAGUCUUCAUACAACUGAGCAUCAACAUGAAGAGAAUAGUCCUGAACCACCGGAGAGUAUACUAGUUUUACAAGAUAUGAGACCUUUUGGCUACAAGUCAGCUCAUUUUAUAAAAGGAUUAACACUUGAUGAGGCUGAAAGUGCAAUUAGAGCUAUUGCAGCUGUUCAUGCCUUAUCAUUGGGGCUGAAGACAAAGCACAAAAUAGAUCUGAAUGAGAAGUAUCCGUUCCUCUUUCAAACCGCCCGCGCUACUGAUAGUUACCAGCAGCUUGUUGAGCAGGGUUUACCUCAACUAACACGCUUUUUGGAGCGUCAACCGGGUCACCAAAAGGAACUGCAAGCCUUAACGGAUAUACGUCCCAAUACCCGAUCACUCAUUGCAAAUCUUCUUCAGCCCCUAGAACCAAUGGGCUUAAUCACUCACACAGACUUUUGGUGCAACAAUCUCCUAUUUAGGGAAUCCAUUCAACCAGAAAGUGAAGACAAUUGUGUUAUACUCGAUUGGCAAAUGGUUACAUACAGUCGGCCAACAAAUGAUAUUGCGCUCUUGCUCAUUUCAUCCCUUCCGUCCCACAUACGACGCGAGUAUACGUCGAAACUUUUGGACUUGUACUACAACACCAUGAAGAUAAAUUGCGCAAAAUUCUCAAUUGAUCUGGAAACUGAUUUGCAAUAUGACAGAGAAAAAUUGCAGAGAGACUACAAGAAAUCUCAACUUUUGGCUCUAUUGCUCUGUGUGGGAUCAGUGGACGUAGCAAUUGGCAAUGUUGAGGCUGAGCAACGUCUCUUGGAUGUACUUCAGGAUUUCUAUGCCGAAGGCAUUUUAACUUUAGAUGCUGAACUCAUUUAAAUGAAUAAUAUAAUCUUCCGCAUAGCAAAAAGCACAAAAAAAAGUAUAUAUACCCAGUCUAUCCAGUCAACAACUUCUUUGCCGUAUUUAACAACAAAAAAAAACUUAGUUUAUUAAUGUGCAAAUCAAAAAGAGAAAACUUUAAAAAAUUAAACCUACAACAAGCUCCAAACACAAAUGAAUUCUUUAAUUAAGUAGUUUCUUGCUCCCUUUCAAGAAUACUUCUUCUUUUUUUUUGUAUAAAUGUGUCUUUUUUGUGCUUCAUCUCAAAACUGUAUAAUCAUUUUAUUUUGGAUGUAAAACAAGAAAAGAAAAGAAUUAUAUGGGAAUUUAAUGGAGCAAAAGAUAUAUAGAGAACAAAUAUUUUAUGAGAAUAACCUUAAAAAAAAAACAAAGUAAAAUUUAAUAAUCAAUUAUAAAUGUAAUAGCAAUUCGUAAAUUGUAUCUAAACAAACAAAAAAACAAGAAAAAAAACAAAAACAUAAUAAUUAGGCUUUAGAAAAUAACAAAAUAGAGAUGAUUCACCCACAGAAUAAUGUAAUAAUUCAAAAUUUUUCUUUCAACUAAAAUCAAUCUUCUCAUACUCUAUACAAAAAAACAUAGAAUAUAUUCGCAAUAAACUAAAUAAAAAAAAAACGUGAUAGUUGAUUGAGAGGAAAAAAAUGUAGGGUGAUUCUUCGAUUAAUAGAGAUUUAUUUUGGGAUCAUGCUGAAGUUUAUUGUGAAAUUGCAAAAGAUGCCUCUCAUAAUUUGUGGCAGAGCUUAAAAGAUGCAGUUUAAAAACAAAAAUCAACAGAAAAAUAAAUAAAUAUCUUUAUAUAAUCGCAAUAUUUCAUCUCAGAAAACAAAACAAUAAAAAAGAGAGUUUCCUAGA